ACGUGAGCCCUAAUAUUGGCUUCACCACACAAUUUGAGCCCUCAAACUGGAAUCAGAUCAUUUGUUAUCAUCUGCGGGUCGCUGCUACUGAACGCAAAUAUAACUUGGAACAUCUUGGAAUGGCUCUCCUCGCACCUCUCGUCUUGUGCGGUGUACUGCUGCGACUUCUGCUCGGCACGGAGGCCUGCCAGAAGACUGCCUGGACAAAGGGCCACCUGGCCACAGACACGGCCAUUGAGGCGUUCACUCUCCGGCCCAGCAGAGGCUCCACCUGCGUCUGCUGCUCGUUCUGCAACUCCAACGCCAACUGCGACAGCCUCAGCUACAACGUUGUCACCCGCGAGUGUCUGCUGUUCGACUACGUGGCCAGCUACUCUUCCAUCAUCGCCAGCAGCGACUGGAGGUACUUCGUGAUGCCGGGGAGGUCCCAGCACGAGCAGUUCUGUCGGGAGGACUCGGACUGUCUGCAGAGCGGCGACUCGUGUCGUGGUCGCGUCUGCACGGACCUGUCGGCCAUCACGUGCAGGGUCAUCUACGAGCAGCUCGGCGCCGGGGAUCGGCUGGGCGGAGAGAUCCACGCUCACGGAUGGAUGAGCGGUCAGGACAUGCUGCUUCUCUGCCGCAUGACUGCCGAGUGGCCCGGUUUCACGAGCAUCUUCCGCAACAAGAGAUCAUCAGAAUCCAUCACCCGAGACAACGUGCGCGCCUACAACGCCGACCUCUCGGCGGGCACAGAGGUGCAGGCGGGUCUCGAGAUGGCGGACCUGAUCCGUCAGCUCCACUCCGGCGUCCAGUACCAGCUGCGGACGAUCGCCAAAUGUUCUGACACGGCUGCCUUUGACGGCGAACUGAUGACCGAGGCUCUGCUCGACCGCGGCCAGCCGGUCACCGUUGAGAUCGACGCCGCCACGGCUGUCAGCGACACGUUCCAGACGGACUUUGCCGGCAUCCCCAGCGUGUCGCUACCCUACCUGCUGCCCUCCGGAGAGGACAUAGUCAGCGCCAAAGUCAAUGUGGAGCUGGACGACGGCUCGGUGGAGCAGGUCUCACUGCCCUUAGCGCGCACUGGUGACAUGCUCUGGUUCAGAUCGGUCGCCAUUUUUAUUCGUGAAUAAACCGC